AUGUCUUCUUCUGAGAAUUUAUUUCCAUUAGAUUAUUAUUACCGCGCUUUACCGGCUGUCUAUAUAGUCUUCAUUGCCAUCAGCUGUGUUCUAGUACUCGGAAUAGGCGUUAUGACGCUUCGGAUAGUAUUCAUAGUUCAUUACUGUGUUCCCAAUGAGCAUUAUCAAGGAGAUUUAUAUUUUAUCGUAUGGAUGCCAUUGUUUGUCUCUGUUGUAUGCUUGGUUGGCAAUAUCAUUCCGCGUGCAGCAGCAUUUCUAUAUGCUGUAGGAUUAGUAUAUUUAAUGAUGUGCUUACAUAUAAGCAUUGUAUUGAUCGUCCGCUUAUUCGGCUCAAGAAAACAGAUGUGCGAUUGGCUCAUCACAAACGAAAAGGUAUUCCUCUUCGAUGUAAGACCAUACUGUUGCUGUUGCCAUUGCCUGCCUCCUAUGAAGCCGACACCAAGACGGCUCCGUUAUCUAUCCUAUUUGGUUAAGCAGAGUCCUAUCGUUCGUACUUUCUUACAAAUCCUUAUUGUGGUUAUCACAUUGGAAGGAAUUCGGGAUGCCGGAACGACAACACAAGUCUUGAAUGGAAUAGGAGUUGCUUCAACUCUUAUCGCCGUUUUCAUUUGUCAUGUUAUCGUCACAGCAUCCAGGGACCAUUUAGAGGAUUAUAACAUGUUUGUAAUAUUUCGAUGUGUGGAUGUAUCACAGAUGUUAUUCACAUUUCAAAAGUUCAUACUUGAUCUCAUUGCAAAGAAUGGUGGAAUGGGUGGAUUAUCAGUAGCUCCACCAUCUAUGAUAAGUCGAUUUUGGCAUAAUAUAGCAAUGACAUUUGAAUUGACAAUCGUCUGCUUUAUACUCUAUCGCAACGUUCGGCCAGGAAAAUCAAAAUUCUUUACGGAAACCAGUGUUCAACGUUCUAAUGGCAAUGCUGUUCCUUUAACGGACUUGUAA